UCUUUCUUUUUUUUUUUUUUUCUUUUCCGUUACGAAACAGUAUUGGCACACAUCAUUCACAGUAAUUUGGAAACGGUAAUUCAGUUAUAUGGUGCAAUUAUAUAUAUGUAUAUAUAUUGUACAGAAUGUUGAUAUAUUUGUUCAUAGUUUUGGAGGAUAGGAUUUCUUCGCAAACAAAUGCGUGUAUUGGAAAUUGUUUUUUUAUAAAUUUUCAACCACUCCAAAGCUGUGUCACGAAUAUCAUCAACGUUCGGUAAAAAAAAAAGAAAAGAAAAAACAAAAAAAAAACGAAGCUUCUUUGUCGAAAGAUAUAAAAAAUAUUUUCUUUCACUCGUUUCGCGAUUCGGGAUCAAUAACGAGGGAAAAAUUUUGUAUUCCAGUUUCGAUUGCCAAUUUCGUUUGCCGUAAUUCCACGAAAGGGUCGAAUAUCUAGAAUCCACAGUUUCGAAAGAACGAAUAUGUCGGAGAACACGGGAGAAAACGAAAGGAGCAGGCUCGAUGACGCACGCUCGAACGUGGAUUACGAAGAAAGUCCAACGACUUCUUCUCGUUCUCGUCACUCUCUUGCUCCUCCCUGUUCGCUCGAAACCGACUUGUUCCGGAUCUCGCAUCCGGGGACCGCUUUCACUUUCGAUUUUUACAUGCUCCCUUUUCUGCCCCCGCACGAAUCUGCCAACCUACGAAUCCUUCUCCUCUCACUCCACGAGCCUCCUCUCGUAUAUAAAUAAAGAGGAAAGAGACGCGAGCCGAUCUAAGUCUAUCCUCCAUUUUACUCCCAUCGAGAAGGUGAGACUCGAUUUUUUUUCCUCUUUCUCGAAACUUCGAAGCUCGGAUUCAAUUUCGUCGCACGACUUUCCGACGAGCUGCGUAAAUCUUCCGUAAAUUUUUGAAACGUUAAAAUUCGAUCAAAAUCGUUAGAGGUAUCUUCGAUCGAUAAUUCCAAAAAGAAAGAAAAAUCCAAUGUCCAACUCGCUUAUUAUAUCAUAUGUAAUAUCAUAAAAUCGAACUUUAUUAUUGCUCGACUCGUCGCGAUUAACCAAUUCACGAGUCGAUAUCUCGAGACUGAAUUGAAUCGAUAUUAAUCUUGAAAGCAAUUAGAGACGCAACAAUUAAGAAAAAGGAUAUUAGUUGCACACGAUGAAUUCGGUUAAAGAGAAUGCGUGAUCGGCGUAACGAAUACGAUGGACGCGCGACCGGAAUACAAGGUUACGGACCCGGUUCCUUUGAACCAGGACUCGCGAUUGGUCCGCCGAGGUAACGGAACUUGGAGAUCCGCCGCGUGGUUAACGAUCCAACUUGUUGGGUCUCCGACAGACGUUCGACCGCGGUUCGUGAAUCACGAUCGCCGUGAUUUUCCUCUUUUUUUUCCCCCUUCCCUCCCCCUGGAAUCGUGGAAUCGAUGUCGUUACCCGAUCCAGUCGCUCCAGACGAGGUUUAGAGAGGAAGAUAGAGCGCGAUCCAUUUUUCAAAGAUCAUUCAUUUCUUUUUUUUUUUUUUUUCCUCUUCAUUCCUUCCUUUCCGCUCGAGUUGAAAAAGAGUGCAUUCCUUUGGCAGAAAUGGUAUUAAUGGAUUAAAGGUUACAUGUACAACGUACAUUCGAUGUACUCGGUUUUCGCGAGAGGAUGUUGUCGCGAGUGUGUCGAUAAAGGAACGUGAUUGCAGGACUGUGCAACGUUGAGAAGAAUGCGACUAGUGCAAUUGCCGGUAACGAAAGUGGUGGUGUUGUUGACGCUGUUGGUACCGUGCCUGUCGGUCACAUUCGAGGAUGGAAGUUCCGGAUCCGAGGCACGCGAGAAUCACGUGCCGGAGAAGAAUUUGAACAAGACGCGGCAAGGGAAGGGAUUGUUCGAUUGGAUAGGUGUAGGAGUGGAUCGAAACGUGGAUCCUUACGUGGCAAAGACGAAUCACGGAUGUUUAAACGGCGAUCUGGCGGAAUGCUUCAAAUCUCAGGCUUUGGGUUACUUCUCCGAUUUCUUCGACCAGCCUCGCUACGAUAUGAACGAACACGUGAAGGUCAUCAGGAUGUCAAGUGACGUCGUGCGGGAGGUCGAUCGUCAACCGUAUGAAUACUCCAGCGAAGCCAGGUCUACCGACUCCGAAUGGGAUCAGCUGACGAAGUUCGCUCUCAGGAAAAUUGAAAAGUUCGUGAAAACCGUGGCCAUCGAGUUGCACGUACCUUCAGAAGAAACUGGAGAAAACGAAGUGUACGCGCCACGAUUCUUGGACGAAAUCGCCGACGAAAUUGACACUCUUGAGAACAAAAAGGAUACCCUUUUCUCUCGUAAUCAAUUCAAGAGACUUCUUAUCCCCAUGCUGCUCGUGUUGAAGCUGUUCAAACUGAAGCUACUCUUGUUCCUGCCUCUGAUCCUGGGCCUGGCGUCCUUCAAGAAGUUUCUAGGCUUCCUUGCGAUCGUGAUACCCGGUUUAAUCGGCUUCUUCAAACUUUACAAGCCGUUUACGCAGACUUAUCAUCCGCCUGUGUACACCCAAAGUGGCAUAGCUUAUCCGUAUCACAAGGAAAGCAGUUAUCCUUAUCCCGGGGAACAUCACGGUCCUGAAUAUCCGAUUGGAUAUCACAGAGAUACCUACGGACAGGAACUCGCUUAUCGAGGCUAUCGAGAUUACCAGUCGUAAAGAGGAUCGAAUUUUGAAAAUUUUGCUCUCUUCGAUGUUGACCUCAUUGAUAGUAUUACGAUAUCUUUGUAUCUAUUCCGUGCAAUGCUACAGUUUUUUAUAUUACUGCGUUUGACGGAAUUGUAUCGAAGAAAUCUUUGUAAAAGUUUCGCGUUUCUUUGAGAAUUUAAUUCCAAGGGAUACGAUACGCUCUCUUCUUAGAUUAUAAAUCAUUGCCAUUAUUGAACGCAAUAGUCCUUCGUUCGAAUAUCGUAGGUGAUCAGCUAUGUCCUACUUUUCAUUCAUAAAUUUGAAUAAGUUUUGUGUGUGUGUGCGUGUGCGUGUGUGUGUGUGUAGGAAGAAUGCGCAUAUACGCAAAUAAUAAUUUGUGAUAAUUUAUUUUGUAUACAUUUAGGAUUUUAAGAUUUUAGAUUUUAUUAUUUUUCCGAAUGAUCAAUAAUUCAUAAAUUUAAUUAUAGGUGUAUGAUUCGAUUCACACAUUAUAUGCAAUAAUUACUAAACGAAAUAAAAGGAAUAAUACGGAAA